AUGAAUAGCAAAAUAACCAUCUCAGACUUUUUUAAUGUACAUUUCACAGAUCAUAAUCAGCAGCUGUCGGUUUAUGUGAAACAAACUCCAGAGACAGCGUCCGUCCAGCUGGGAGCCUCAGUGACUCUCCAGUGUUCACUUCUCUCCAGGAGCAAUGAAAGUGGAGUCCAGUGUCCAGGUGAACACAGGGUCCACUGGUUCAGAACUGGAUCAGGAGGAUUUCAUCCAAGUGUAAUUUACACUCACAGCAACACCACUGAUGAAGGUGUGGGGAGGAGCUGUGUAUAUCACCUGUCAAAAACUAUACAGAACUUCUCUGAUGCUGGGACUUACUACUGUGCUCUAGUCACAUGUGGACAGAUACUGUUUGGUGAAGGAACUAAAGUGGAAUCAGGACCACAAUCUGACCCUGUGGUUUUUGUGCUUGGUGGACUGCUGGUCUGCUGUGUGGCUGUGAUUGUCGGCCUUAUUUGCUGCACAAAUAGAAGUCAACACUGCCAAGGAGAAACAAACACCUCCCAUCAUCUUGGACAUGACAGAUCAACUGCUGAUAACGAUUUGGAUGGGGAAGCAAAGGUAGUGAAUUAUGCAGCCCUGGAUUUCUCUACAACAAGAAUGAAACAAGGAAAUACAAAUAUGAAGAGGCAAGAAUUCACAGAGUGUAUGUAUUCUAGUGUCAGAGCAGAUCACUGAAACCAGCAGCACCUCACAUAAUGUGUUUCAAUAUGAAAUAUUUUAAUCCCAGAACGUAAAGCAGUUAAUCAGUCAUAAUGCAUGUAUGUAUAAUUAGUAAAAUGUGAUGAUUGGAGUUGUGUGACAGAAUCCCGUUUUCCUAUCAGUGUGGUAAUUUGUGUGUGCUUUUUUUGUGUUGACAUUAAAAGUAA